UGACUGCCAGUCAGCGAGACGAAUACUAGUCUUCGCAGUCCGUUCCGCUGAUUGCGCUGCUGCUAUAAUUGGUGUUCCAAGCAAGCGAAAAAAGGGUGUGUUCUUGAAGUGGGGGAUAUUAGGGUUUCAGUGGUGGCUGUUCGUUCGGCCUCGUGUGAGUAGAGUCUUUUGCCUUGCCGCUACUUGAUUUACGAUACGCUUUAUUCGCCAUACCCUAUUUCGCGAACCCUUUUUCGCCGCCCUGUUUCGUCUGCGUCAGCGUUCUUGCGAGCGCUGCCACAACCAUGCCGCCACGUGGCAAGCCCAGAAGCACCACCCGGCCUCUUCCGCUUAGCCAAUCGCGUCGCAAGGUCCAGGCAUCGCUGUCGCGAUACCUGUCGCAGGAACCGAUAACCUCUUCGCAGCAGGCCUCUCUCAGUCCGUCGCAGACGUCACCAUCUCAGCCGUCCGUUCAGUUCAGAUCUGAAGCGCGCCGAGUGAGUGGUGCAACAGCAGCAGUGCCGUCGUCAGUAAAAACUAGCCACGGUUGUGCUACUAAAGAAUUUGUGACUAUACGAGACGUGACUGAUGAGGGAGCAGUGGGUGGAAUUGCAGCAGGAGGAAUGACUUUAAGAGGUGUGACUUUAAGAGGUGUGACUUUAGGAGGUGCGACCGAGGUGAUUGAGCUUGAUCUGGUGCAGAGUCAGGAUGACGUGGCCAAAGUGACUGAGCCGCCACGUCAGCAGGACCCACCGAAAGCGAGGCCGUCAAUGGGACCCCACAGGCCUCGUUUGUCGUUAUCUGUACAGCAGCGGAUUUCGUCGAGCUGGCAGCGGAAAGGACAAGCAGAGCCAGUGGCAGAGACACGUGGAGGAGGGGGAGGGGGAGGGGGAGGGGGAGGGGGAGGGGGAGGUGGAGCAAGUGGGGGAGGCUGCAGAGGAGCAGGAGGAGGGUGUGCAGGAGAGAGAGGGGGUGUUGGAGAGAGAGGGGGUGUUGGAGAGAGAGGGGGUGUUGGAGAGAGAGGGGGUGUUGGAGAGAGAGGGGGUGUUGGAGAGAGAGGGGGUGUUGGAGAGAGAGGGGGUGUUGGAGAGAGAGGGGGUGCGGGGAGUGGUUGGGGAGCGACGGGAGAAGAGGGGGGCAGUUUGAAUGAGAGGGCGUGGAGGAGUGUCACUGGGAGUGAGGACGUUGGGGGUGCGAGAGGGCUUGAUGUGACGGCGAUGGGUAGUGGCAGUAGAGUGGGGCUAGGGAGUGGCCUGGCGUUUCAUCCCACUGCGUGGCGGUGCGGGAUACCGGCUGUGGUGAGGCGGAGGAGGAUAAAGACCAUUGCUGAUUGGUCGGACGAUGAUGAGAAUGAUUGUGUUGACAAGAGGGGUGAUGGUGUAUCUGGCAAGCAUGGGAAGAAAUUAGACAGCGCUGAUUGGCUGGUGGAUGACGAUAGAACGGACGAUGCGAGGAAGGAGGGGGAUGCUGAUUGGCUGGAUGAGGAGGAGGAAGAGGAGGAAGAGGAGGAAGAACAGGAGAGGAGCAGGCUUGGGGGGCGAAGGAGGCAGAAGCUGGGAGAGAGGACGGGGAGGAGUAAGCGGAGGCGUGUGCUGGUGGGGAGAGAUGAGGAGGAGGACGAGGAGGAGGGGGAGAAGGAGGAGGAGGAGAAGGAAGAGCAGAGAAGGGGUAGGAUGGGAGGACUGGAAGGGAUUGAAGGGAAGGAGGCGCCGGGAGGGGAGGAGGGGUUGGGUGGGAAGGAGGGAGCGGGAAGGGCGGAACGAACCGGAGGGAUGGAUGGGGGCAAUGACAGGGAUGACAGUGAUGAUUCCAUGGUGACUCAGCCUGAGGACGAGGCCACGUGGCAGUCCCUGAUUGGGCAGUCUGCAGGGGGCGACGUGGAUAGCAGAAGGGAAGGAGAGAUGGGCGAGAGGGACUUGCCACAUGCAAGCUUGGUUGGGAGACGACGGAUCAAGAGGAGUGGGGGGGGGGAGGGCGAGAAUUCUGGGGGGGAUAUUGAAGGAGCGGGCGAGGGAGCAGGAGGAGGAGCGGGUGGCCUCCGCUUAAAUGAAGUGAGUAUGGUUUUUGUGGUUAGUGACGAGCGAAGGGGAGAUGGAGAGGAGGAAGGGCAGGAGGGGCAGAGGCGGGAGAAGGUGGAGGGACGUGAAGGGAAGGAGGCAGAGGAGGAGGAGGAGGAAGGCAGAAGACUGGAGAAAGGGGAAGACAAGGCUAGGAUUUUCGGUAGGAUGCGUAGGGCGGAUGAGCAUGUAGAGGGUGCAACGGACCUUGUGACUAGUAAUCCGGUUGACUCUGCAGUUGAGCAUGCGACUGACUCUGUAGCUGAUUUGGCGACUGGGCAUGUGACUGAUUCUGUUUCAUACUCCCAAGAGGACGGAAGAAGGGGGGGAUGGAGGGGGCCACAAGGGAAGGAGGAUUACUUGGCAACUGACCUUGCGCCUGAGAAUGUUCCGGACUCACAAGAGGCGGAACGAUGCGGGCAACACAGGACUAGGGUAGAGGAGCAGCAAGGAACAGAGGGAGGGGUGGAGGAGGAGGGGGGCAUACGGAGGAGAGAGGAGAGAAAGAACGGGGAGCCAGGGGGAAUGGGGGAGGGGGGGGAGAAGAUGGCGCAGAUGAGAAGGUACCACACAAAUAUGGCAAGGACCCGGUGCUGCAGGCAGCUGCAGAGGGGAGAGGAGUGGACGCAAGGGGAGGAAGCGAAGAGGAGGUGAGAGGAGGAGAGGGAGAUGCGAGGUGCGGAGGGGACGAUGAGGAAGGUGCAGAUGGAGGGCUCGGGAUGGGCGAGUUUGAGCCGCCUUCCUUUUCUCUCCACGUCCCAGCCUGGGAGCUCCCAGCCUCGGAGCUCCCAGCCUCGGAGCUCCCAGCCUCGGAGAUCCCAGCCUCGGAGCUCCCAGCCUCAGAGCUCCCAGCCUCGGAGAUCCCAGCCUCAGAGCUCCCAGCCUCGGAGCUCCCAGCCUCGGAGCUCCAAGCUGUGCCUGAGGCCGAGCCUGAGGCUGACUUUCUGCCGUCGCAAGGUCUGGAUGCGCCCAGCUUCUCCCUGGGGCUGGAUGGCUGGGACGGGGAGGAGACA